AUGGCCGACAACUCUCUCGACCGUAGCCUUGACGAGAUCCUCGCCGAGCGCAAGCCAAAUGCCGGCCGGGGCUCAGGCUCUCGUGGUAAAGGCAACCGGGACAAUGGCGGCGACAACCGCCAGCGACGCGACAGAAAUGAUUACCCCCGCGAUGGCGUCAGAAAGUCCUUCAGAGAUGAUGCACCAAGAAACCUAGACUCCGAAUGGGUUCACGACAAGUUCGAAGAGAACGACCGCCGUCGUGCCCCCAGAAGAAGACAAUCUCCGGAACUCUCUAGCGAUCCUAGAGGAAGCAAGAUCCGAGUUGACAACAUCCACUACGAGUUGACCCAAGAGGACCUCGAAGGACUCUUCUCGCGAAUUGGACCCCUCGUUAAGCUCGACAUGAAGUACGAUCGCGCCGGUCGCUCGGAAGGAACGGCGUUUGUCACCUAUGAAUCUCCCCAGGAUGCCAGCCGGGCCAUUCGCGAGUACGACGGAGCCAACGCUGCCGGCCAGCCUAUCCGCCUCACUCUUAUGCCUAGCGGCCCCCGCCGUAACCCAUUCGAGACCGCUAUCAACCCUCGCCCCCUUGCCGAGCGUAUCACUGUCCCCGGUGGCCGAUCCCGCUCAAUCUCACCCUCGCGCCGCGACCGUGAGUUGGAUGAGGAAGCUGCCCGCAAAGGAAUCGACAGAUACCGUCCUGGUGGUUCGGGUCGCGGCCGCUCGCGCAGCCCGCUACCCCGUCGUGAGGGUGGCCGUGAAGGCGGUCGUCGUCCAGGUGCUCGCAGGGAAGGUGGUGGACGUGGUGGACGCGGUGGAAGAGGCGGUGAGAAGUCCCAGGGUGGCGAGCGUACCCGUAAUGGACGCCCCAAGAAGACCCAGGAAGAGUUGGAUGCGGAGAUGGAGGACUACUUUGGUGGCGGUGGUGCGAACCAGGAGAACAAUGCUGCUCCUGCGGCUGAAGCCUCCAACGGGGCUGCCGCGAGUGGUCCUGCUGAGGACGACAUCGAUAUGGGCAUCGAGUGA